AUGGCGAGUUGGGGUGAAAAGUUCAGGCUAAUCUAUGCCGAAGGCAUAUCGAUGUGGAGGAUUUCUGUGCUUGAUGUGGACGAUAAAAUGAGACACAUGAACACAUAUUGUUUCAGUAGCAAGUCCACCCUUGCUUCAAAACCGGGCAAAAGGCAGCCCGGGGGGAAAGGAAGCAGCUCCAGCGCGCAAGGACCAGCCCUGGCAAGAGCUGGGUCCCACGAGCCCAGGCAAGCCCGUGGGCAAAUUCAGCUCGAGCUGCUGCCAGGGCAAACUGAUGCAAUGCUGACGUCAUAA